GGCAGCCAUGUCGGCGGCGGGCGGGCCGUGCCGCCGGAAGGGCGGGCGGCAGCAGCCUCAAGAUGGUGGCGGCCGCGGCGGUCCGCGUGGUGUGCUGUGGGGGUAGCCCCCUGCACGGCGCCCGGGCCGUCUUCUCCGCCGACGCCAGGUACUUGCUGUGCACCUCCGGGGAUUUCGUGAAGGUGUACAGCGCGGCUACCGAGGAGCUGGUGCGGGUGCUGCGGGGUCACGGCGGCCUGGUGACAGGCGUGAGGCUCAACCCGCACAACCGCCUGCAGCUCUAUUCUUCCUCUCUUGAUGGUAGCAUUAAGCUGUGGGACUUCACAGAUGGGAUUCUCAUUAAAACUUUCACUGUAGGAUACAAACUUCUCGCACUGUAUGCACUUGCUAGUUGUGAGGACUCGGUAUUUGUUAUAAUUCCAAAGAGAGGUGAAAGAGAUACAUUCCAACUGGUCUCAGUGAAACUGACAAAAACAGCAGGCCAAGAUGUGGAAGCCAAGGAAUUUUCUGUGGUUCUGGAAGGUGUGGAUGCGUCACCAAAGUGUACUGCAUUUGGAAGAGAGGGUGAAUAUGUGGCAUCAGUCAAGAACUUUCAUCUCCAAGUUUAUUUUUUUAAACGGAAACAGCUGAACAGGUUUUCUCUAAGAGCAACGAAUGCGAAAGGUGGAAAUAAUCUCUUCACUUGUGUAGCAUGCCAUCCUAAGGAGGAUUGUAUUGCAACUGGCCAUGGUGAUGGAAAGAUUCGUCUCUGGAGGAAUUUCUACCACAACAAAGAGUAUGUAUUUUCCACACUGCACUGGCAUCAUGACAGAGUCAUGGAUCUCUCUUUUUCUAUAGAGGGAACCAGCUUGCUGAGUGGAGGAGUUGAAGCUGUUCUAGUUCAGUGGCACAAUGGGUCAGACUGUAAGAAGGAUUUCCUUCCUCGCUUGGGAUCUGCUAUUGAGUACAUCUCCGUUUCGUCUGAUGGCACUCGCUAUUGUACCUUGCAUACAGACAACAGAAUUACAAUAAUAAACAGCAACCUAAGAUUUUCUAAAAGUAUUCAGGGGCUUAUUAGAGCCAGGGAUGUCAAGACUGGUCUAGUGGUUGAUCCUAGAACCAAAGCUUUGGUCCUGAAUGGAGAGCCUGGCCACUUGCAGUUCUAUUGUCUCCAAAGUGACAAACAGUUAUACAGUCUGGAUAUUGUUCAACAAGAAUACAUCCAGCAGGCAGGUUUAAACCAAACUGACCUGGUUAAAGUUGCAUUUAGUGCCCAAGGCAAGUGGUUAGCAACAGUAGAAGAGAGAGAAGAAGAACAUGACCUCGAGUUACACUUGAAGCUGUGGUUCUUUGAUGAAGAAACACAAAGCUUUAAGUUGAAUACUCAGAUAAGCAUGCCCCAUGAUGACCACAUAACAGCCAUGUGCUUCCGUGACAUGGAUGAAUUGGAAGAUGACUCCCUGAUAUUGGUAACAGCUGGCAAAGAUUGUCUGUUUAAAGUCUGGGUGAUACUAGAAGACACUGAUCCAGAAGCACAGCAAAGCAUGAGUUGGAGCUGUGACUUUGUAGGCAGCUAUCACAACUACCAAGCGACUAACUGCUGUUUCUCAGAAGAUGGCUCUUUGCUUGCUGUUAGUUUUGAAGAAACUGUCACUGUAUGGGAUUCAAGUACAUGGGAUCUUAAGUGUACAUUUUGCCAUCCACCUGGGAAGAUAAGGCACAUCAGCUUUGGGAGACUAACAUGUUCCAAGUACCUUAUUGGUGCCACUGAUCAUGGCUUUCUGUGUUGCUGGAACCUGCUCAGUUGUGCAUUGGAAUGGAGUGCCCACCUCAAUGUCGUAGUUCUGCAACCUGAUCCCCUUUCAGAACACAUUGCUGCUGUCUCAUGGCUCUCAAAAGAGUCCAGCUUGUUUGUGUUUAAGCCAAAUGAGGCACGACCAAUCUGUAUCCAGAGAAACCUUUGUAAAGAAAAGAUCCAGUUUGCUGCCUUCGUUCCGAGAGACGUACCUGAAACAAUUGGUACAGAAAAAUACCUUUGGCUAAGAAGAUCCCAACUAUAUUUUCUUACUGAUACACAAGAGCUAAUGACGUUUAGCACAAAGUCUCCAGAAGAAAGGCUUACAGUGUCAAGCAAACAGCUGGCCGUAGAAGAAAGUCUUCCUGUGACCCCAUUUAGCUUGCUGUUGGGAAAGCACAGACAUCAACAAUCACAAGGGGGUAUAGACCUUACAAAAGUAGUUCGUAAUCACCACGAGCAAGAUUCCCCUGCUGUUAAAGAGCUUCUGCACACUCCAGCACACGUUUUACCAUCUGCUUCCUUCCUGUGUCCUAUAUUUAUUAAUUCAUUGCUCAUCUCCAAAGAGAAGAAAAGUGCUGAAGAAGUUGCUGAUGAAGUAGAAAUGGAAAGUGAAGAAGCAGAAGAGGAUUCAGAUGAGGAAGAAGACAUUACAGAAAUGGAACAAGAAAAUAUAAAGCCUAGGGAUUUAUUAGGAGAGAUAACAUGUAAACUGUCCAAAGCUGAGGAAAAAGAGCUACGAAAAGUAAGAAAAAUGGACUACAGUUGGAUAUCAGCUUUCUAAACAGACAUCUUGGUUUUUUUAUAUUGUAAGUUGAAGCUUUGGAUAUUAAAUAAUCUUCCAAAAA